AGAGCCCGGACCGUUGGGCAUUCGCGCGGAGGCAGCGGCGGGGUUCGGAGUGGCUUCGGACGCGCCUCGAAGGCGGCGAGCGCGGUUUCGGAGGCGCCGGAACUAUCCUGCGGCGGCGUAGCGGGUGACGUCAGGACGCGCGGCCGGGCCUCUGCGUGACGUCACUGCGCCGCGCCUCCCCGGGCAUCGCCGCCAUGGACGUGUCCGCCGUGCCGCCGUUCUGGAGCAGCCGCAGCCGCGUCCUGGAGCAGCAGCUGGUGCGCCGGCGGGAGCAGGAGGCCCGCCUGCGCCGGCAGUGGGAGCUGCACAGCCGCUCCUUCCAGCAGUCCGGGCUGCACAGCCUCAAGCAGGCCGAGUGGAGCUCGCGCCGCUGCUUCCAGCGGAGUAUGGAGGCGCACGGCCGGGAGCGCCUGAGGGCGGCGGCGGCGGCAGGCCUGGAGGGGCGGCGGCUGCGGCUGCGGCAGCUGCUGUGCCGGGAGCGCGAGGGUCUGGCGGCCGAGCUGCAGGGGCUGCGGCCCGGCGGAGAGGCCGAGCUGGAGGAGAAACGACAGCGGAGCCAGGAGCUGCGCUCGGCCAGGGAGGAGCGGCGGAAGCAGGUGGCGGAAGAUCGUCUCUACGAGUGCUGGAAGAAGAACAGUGCUAAGCUGAGAGAGGUGAGCUCGGAGCUGCACAAGAAGCACGUGGUGGAGGCCUGGGGGGACCAGCUGGCACAGAAACAACAGCGAGAAGCGGCGGAUCAGGAAGAGAAACUCCGCUCAGAGAACCAGUACGAGAAGGCCCGCAGAGAGGCCCUGGAGCGGCUGAAGCAGGCGGAGGAGCGCAGGAAGCAGGAGGAGAGGAAGCAGGCUGAGAUGCUGCGGCAGCAGAUGGCGGAGCUCCAGCUGCGGGACAUGCAGGCCACCCAGCUGAAGGAGGAGGAGGAGCGCCUGCUGAAGCAGCAUUGGGAGCUACAAGCAGUGGAAGCUGAGCGGAAGCUCAAGGAUGAGCAGCGGAAGAAAGUGGAGCUUGGGCGCUUUCUGAAGCAUCAGGUCCAGGGCCAGCUAAGGAGACGGGCUCGGCAGGUCCAGGAAGAGCUGGAGAAGGACAGGCAGAUCCUCCUGUCCCUGUCUGAGAAGGAGGAGGAGGACCAGCGCCUGCAGUCCGCCCGGCGGGAAGAAGCCGUGGCCGCUGUGGCCUGGAUGAAGGAAGUCAUUGAACAGCAGCUGCAGUUGGAAAGAGAACGAGAGGCAGAGCUGGAGACUAUCUUUAGGGAGGAAGCCAGGCAAGUUUGGGAGAAGCGAGAGAAGGAGUGGGAGAGAGAGCGGAAGGCCCGGGACAGGCUCAUGGCAGAGGUCCUGGCCGAGAGAGAGCAGCAGAUCCAGCAGAAGAUGGAGCAGAACAGGCAUGCCCAGCAGGAGUCCGUGAGGGUCCGUGAGCAGCUGAUCCAGCAGCUGGAAGCGGCCUGGCAGCUGACGCAACGGGAACAGGAGGCAGAGGCUGAGCGGAAAACGGCCCGCAAGGAGGAGCAGCAGGCGCAGCUCAUGGAGCGGCAGCGGCAGCAACAGGAGGAGCUCCAGGGCCAGCAAGAGGCGGCCGCAGAGGCCCGGCUGCAAGAAGAGCAGCACACGCGGUUGGAGGAGCUGGAGGCCAAGCGCAUGGUGGAAGCUGGCUAUCGCAGCAAGUGCCACAGUUACCCAAAAGCUGCCUGGAGCUAAAGAAGAUUCUGCCUUUCGGGUCUGGAUGGCUGAGAAACUCUUUGCCAGCUGCUUGGAGCUGGCAGGGAUGCUAGAUUGGGAGGGUGGACUGGCUCACCCAGGAGUGGUCUUCCUGCCUUCCCCCAGGACGGAAGAGUGGCAGUGAAGAUGGGUGGGGUGCUUAGAGGGUCAAUAAAGUGCUAUUUUCUUUUUAAA